UGCUUUUUGCACUCAGCCAGAGCCUGGGUCGGUACAAAGGUGUGACCUGAACCUAUCAAGAUGCCAAGGGGACAGCAUUACCUAGAUGGCGACUUUGGUCAAGGGAAGAGAUACGCCUCUCUUUCUGCAGAACAGGCUGCAGGUAUUGGAAUUCUUGUUGUGGUUCUUGCAGCUUUACUGAUCAUUGGCUGUUGGUAUUACAAAAGGCGCAGUGGUUAUACAAGCCUUCUGAGUAAGCAUUUCAGAGUAGCCACCAUUCAGACCUCCGAAGGCAAAAGUGCCUUACUGGACUCCAAACUGCCCAUGCAGGAGUACAACAGCAACUGUAACCUUGUGAUACCUGAUGCUCCACCAGCCUACGACAAAAUCUCUACUAGCCCAAUGCCCCCACCUUACGCACCAUGAAGCAGAAUAUAUAUAUAUGAAAUAGAGUGUUUGCUUAAUUACAUGUAGUAUCUUUAAUUUCUAGCAGUACCUGAGGAAAAAAUGCAUGCUAUUAUGAAUGGUUCCAGAGGCCAUUGUUGUUUAAGAAAAUUCAAUGGUUCCCUAUUGCACAAGAUGUCGAAGAUGUUGAUGUCACAGCUUCAUUCCAGUUGUCUGGAGUCAUUCAGUAUAA